UCUCCUCUCCGGACCACCACGAGCGGCGAUGCACGGAGGGCACUCGGGGGGAGGCGGUGGGGGGCUGCGGAACCCCUGCCUGACGAUGCACCAGCCGUGGGCGUCGCUGCUAGUGCACGGCACCAAGCGCGUGGAGGGCCGCUCCUGGCCGUUGCCGGUCAUCGGCCGCCUCUGGAUCCACGCCGCCUCCAAGGUGCCCGACCCCAACACCGUCGCCGCCAUGGAGGACUUCUACCGUGAGAUCUACGCCAUCGACGGGGUCCACCACAUCGACUUCCCCCAGAACUACCCCGUCUCCUGCCUCCUCGGAUGCGUCGAGGUGGUCGGCUGCGUCAGGUCCGAGGAGCUGGUCUGCCGGGAGGUUGUGCUUCAAUCUGUAAGACAACCUCAUUCCUCUCCUGUCCAUGGCCUGGAUUUCUACAGCUUGUCAUGUCAUGCCACUCAAAACAUUGGUUAG